AUGGACCUUCAUCGAGUUUGGCUCCGAGCAGAUCAUCACCUUUCUGGCUAUGGCCACGCAGGACGACCUCAACGCCAACGCGGAGUUCAUCCGCCUGGCAGACUCUUUCAUCGAGGUGCCCUCCGGGAAGAACGUGAACAACUACGCCAACGUGGAUCUCAUCU